UUGUGGAUUUCCCAAUAAAUGCGCGGCCUUUGUCGAUAGCGCAACAAAGUUACCGGUCCGUUAUCUUUAUUGUCGGAACUGUGACAAAUUUGCUUGUCGUGGUGGGGAUUUUUCAUUCCCGACAAUUGCACUAUCCGCGUCACGUGUUUUGGGUUGCGAUUUCAUUGGCCAACCAGUUCCAGCUUUUUCAAGCCAUUCUAGAAGUGGUGUCCAUCGUGAGUCGCAAUCACGUCGUAUGCCAAAUUGUCGUCCUUAACGCUGGUGUAUUUUACACAAUUAUUUUGACGUUCCUCACUCUGGCAGCGUUCGAUCGUUAUUUGGCAAUCGCACGUUACGAGUGGUACAAGAAGAAAGUCACUAAUAAAAAUAGCAUUUAUCUGCUAGCUUUUGGUGGCAUCGUAACGUACCUAGCAGCUACCAGUCCGUUUUGGACUGGAUUUAAAAAUAUUAAAAAUUGCACGGUUAACAUCACUCACGUACAUUGCGUCAUGAUUUACGAUCUACUGCUGGGCGUGCUCUGCGUUGUGUUGCACAUCAUGAUUUUCGUUCGAUCGCGAGAAGCCACCAAUCACCACUCCAACUUUCUUCAAGCGUCAGUCGCACUUCGAUUUUUUCCAGCACCCUCUACCAACAAUAUUUCCAGAGCCGAGCAAGGAAUUCCUCAGCCUAUUGAUCAAGAAAAUCCAGUUAUGACAACACGCAUUGACCAAGUGACUGACUUGGAUAUUAAUGGGACAGAUACCAAUUGUUUUUCAUGGUUUACCCAUCAAAAAAAGCUCAACCGCUUAGAAAUUCGGGCCGCCUUAAACAUGUCGAUCAAUGUUUUACCAGUUUGGCUUUGUACCUUUCCCGUCACAUUAAAUGCCAUAAUUAUCUAUUGGUGCAUUCGUUUUGAAAAGAGUUGCUUAAUCAAUUUCCGGAUUAACCCUUAUCUUACCGAUAUCUUCCUAUGUCAUACAAUCUAUAAUCCUUUUAUGUACAUGCUAACCAGUACGGAAUUCAAAAGGGCUUUGGUCCGCAUAAAGCAAAAAUUUAAAUGUAAAUAAACAAACCUAAAACCC